UGAUGAAUGCAUUGUAUUCCAUUUGACAGUCGUGUAUGAUGACGCAGUACAGCAAAGUUUUAGCUGGGAAAUGCUCUUCACAUUCAAAGUCAAUACGUUGAUCCACUGUGGAUGACUUGACGGUGAUUCGAUCCAUAAAAGGGUAUGGGUUCAUCUUUCCAUAGGACAUUGUUUGAAAUUGGGCGUACGAAUAAUAAAAUUUUGAGAACUUGCCUUUGUCGAAAUCUGCAUUUUGAUUUUCGUACGGGUACUCGUCAGCCUUGAAGCACGCCUUGAUGUUACGCAGAAGACAAUGAUUUAAUUCACUGUGUACCAUUUUAUUGGCAUCUGUUACCAUAGCUACGAAGUUGAAGAAAUAUGGAAUCGUCGUUUCAUGCAUUCCAAUUGUGUUUUAAAUAAUACAAAUAAAGGACAAAUAUCAAAAAAUUCAACUAAAGAUGGAAGAAUUAUCUCAAUUAUUAAUAAAAAUAUUUAUCCUAUAAAAAAUUCCAUUAUUCCAAAAAAACGCAUGUAUCGAGAAACGAAUAAAAAUGAUAAAAUUAUUCCAGAAAAAUUGAGUUUUCAUAAGAAAAAUUCGGAACGCAAAAAAUCCGAAAUAAAAAAACAACUUUUUGAGAUAUCUUUUAAUACUACUGCCAGACCAAAUUUAAAAAGAAAUUCAUCCGAAGAAGAUGAAAAAGUCAUUAAAAAGCCAAAAGUUAGUUCUAAUCCUUUGACCUUAAAUACGCCGAAUGACGUAAAUUUACUUGCUCUGUCCACUAUUGAAGUAAUAAAAGUACCAGAGAAAGAAAAAGAAGUAAUGCAAGAUCAGAACACAAAAUCUCUUGAUCAGUAUAAUGCACCUUCAUUUAAAUCGCCCACAUCAUGGUAUACUUCAGACACAAUUAAUGAGUACAUUAAAAUGAUAGUAAAACGGUCAGAAGGUGAAGUUUAUGCAGUUGUCACUGAUUUUAUUGUAGCGUAUCUUCGAGGAGGUUAUCCAGCUGUAAGAAGAUGGAUACAAAAAAAUAUUCACACAAUAAAACUACUUUUUGUGCCCAUGAAUGUAUAUGAAAGUCAUUGGAUAUUGACAGUGGUUAAUAUACCUGAAAAGACUGUGACAUCAUAUGAUAGUCUUAAGUCGUAUGAAGGUCCAUAUCCAAUGGUAUUAAAAAAUUUCUUAAUUGAAUGGGUGAUGUACAAAAAAGGAAAAGAUUCUACAUGGACAUUACAAAUAGGCGAGACAUCUCACCAAACCAAUGGACAUGAUUGUGGGCCAUUUACUGUUGAGCUGGCAGAAAAAAUGUCUCGAGGAGAUACAACACCAAUAAAUGCAAAUUUUAUGCCUUUUAUAAGAUUAAGACACAAAAAUGAAAUUAUUGCUGGCGAGCUAUUCAAUUAAUAUUUUUGUGAAUGAAAUUUUAUUUUUGUAUUUUAUAUCAAUUUUCUUAAUAUUCACUAUAAAUUGAAAUUUACCACCAAACAUUUUUUUACUUUUUCUAUGUUUAAUUGUUGUUUUGUUAUUUUAUUUUAAUCUUAUUUUUCU